AUGGCCAUUUUUACUGAUAGACAAGCUAUUGAUAAUAACUAUCUUCAGGCAAUGUUCGUUGCCCUCUUUACACUCCUUAUUAUUUGGGCAGUGGCAAUUGUCGUUUCUGAAUUGCUUCGCAAAGGGCGUAACACUUCUAAUACUUCUAAUACACCAGCUGCUCCACCUGUCGAUGGGCAUUCUGCAGGCCGAAUGAAUAGUCGUUAUAAAAAAGCUACGAAUGCGGUUCGAGAUGCUCUGUUGAUGCUUACUGUGGCAACUCUUGCAACUUUAGCAGGAUACGGGGCAACUAAAGUAAGGGAUAAAUUUCUAUAA